AGUGGCCAUCACAAAGCCCUGACCUCAAUCCUAUAGAACAUUUGUGGGCAGAACUGAAAAAGUGUGUGCGAACAAGGAGGCUAAGGUGUAAAACUUCCGACUUCAACUGUAUUUAAAAAAUUAUUAACGUCAAAUUGUUAACGACUUUCAUUAAAUCUUAUUUUAAUGAGUCAAUUAUUUUUAUUUCAUCCUUCCACCAGACGAUAUAGUCUGGACAAAACCCAGUUGUUUGUUCUAUUUCUGAGGUUGCUAGCCAAGCAGACUGGUCGUCCGUUCUAUUGGCAUGAUUGCUAGGUCAAGUGGACGGUCAUUGUCCAUUCUAAGCGAAAAAGGUUGCUAUGCAGGCUGGCACUUCUCCUUUGCUAGCUAGACAACUAAAGCUAACACAAUCACAUUGAGCAGCUGAAAUGACAGCAAGCUAUGUGUAUAUUAAUUUGUUUUACUUUUGUUUCUAAUGCCAUUUAUUUGGAUGUAUCCAUAAUAAGGAAUGCUGAUGCAUGAAAUCGACUGGCUCAGAGAAGCGGUCUGUCUGAUCCGGACAUGUUCAUUCUCUAUGGCAAGGUGGAAAUCACAUUUGUAAUUUGAAACAUUUAUUGCAGAGGUCGGAGAGGCAGGAAGCAAGUUUUAGACAAACCCCCACUGUUGCAAACCAGAUGUUAGGCUAGAAGCAUGGGGAGAUAAUGUUGAGAUGCUUUUUUUCAUGUGGAGAUAAAGUUUAUGAAUUGACUGGCCCAGCUGUGGGACAGUAGAUGCGCAUUGAUAAUUCAAAUGGAACUGUUUACAGGCAUUACCUGUAGAUUAUUGUGAAUAAAUAAGGGCUAUCAACCUGUCACCAUCCAGGAUCCAAAUGUCCCAUUUUAGAAUGUAGAUUGAGAAAUGGCAUUACAGUAAUGUCAAGAGACAAAUGCCUCUGCUCAUCCAAUUUCCUUGCAUAACGGUGAAAGCCAGGUCCCAAAUUCACUUCUUUAUUAAUUCUCAGGAUGGGGAAAGACACUACAAGAAGGCUAUAGCUAGGAAGAAAAUCUGACUGGACAGGUGAGGAGGGGAGGGAAGAGGGGAGGCAAAAUCAUCACUGUGCUAUUCCCGGUCACACUUCAUUUGGACAGUCCCUUAUAGAUGAUCUACAGAUGCUCACACUAGCGACAAACUAUCAACUGUUGCAACCACUUGCUAUGGUUACGGUAGGGUUAGGUUUAUGGUUAGAGUUAGGGUAAGGGUUAAACCAUAGUUGUGCCGUGUGUCUUUCCAUUUGACCAGUUUUAUGAAAACUCAAGUUGCAAUCCCGUCUGUUAUGAGAUCACUAUAUGUUUACAGGAAGUACAUUAUCUCCUGCAAACAAACGGAGGUGCCUCUGUCUGUACCCUGGGACAUCAGCAACUAGCUGAAAAUACACAGUCAUAGUCAGUCUGCACACUCUGGAGAACCAAAUGCUUUGUUUUAAGGUAGCGACUCAUGUCAACGUCCCCGAUGAACAGGCCUUCCAUCUGCUCUCAGACCUGCGCAGGAGACAUGAGUGGACAGGCAUUACCCGUGGACAAUGUGAUGUGAUCGUCCAGGCAGAUGAGAAUGACACCAUCAACCGUGUGGCCACUCCGUGUGGACCCAUACCUGAUUGCCCUGCCACUAAGGAAUACACCCGGGGAGAAGUUCUCUGUGCAGGCUUCAGUAUCUGCGAGGAGUCCGACUCAGGAUCUCCUACUACAACCAGGCCACACCGGGAGUCCUCCAUUAUAUCUCCAACGACAUCGCAGGCCUUUCUUCCACCUUUCACUCCUGCAGCAAGUACCGAGAGGAGAACAGAGACAGCCUAGCCACCCUGCCCCCUUCUGACCUGUGACGAAAUGGUAUCAUCCUGAUCCCCUCUGUCCUGUCACACAUGGUACAGUCCUGGAAGCGCUGCCCCUUUGACCUAUGAUAGAAUGGUACCAUUCUCCUGGCCGCCUUGCACCACUCUGGCCUGUGAAAGAUGGUAUCACCCAGCACCCUUCUGCCUUGUUACUGAAUGACACCGUCCUGCUGCCCUGCACCCCUACCAAUAUGUGCACUUGGAAAGGACCAGGAUAGCUAGUUCCCUUUACACCCAUUCUGUACUGAGGAACAGCCUAACUCUUAUCAUUGGGAGACCUGAGAACGCCAUUUCUGGGAUAUCCCCCGACCCCAACUGCCAAGGAAAUCUGUACUUUUGCAUUUCUAAAAUGUGGGAUUUUCAAAUGUGGGACUAGUUUUGGGAUUACUAAUGUUUGUUACUCUCUUUGAUGUUACAUCAUGAUCUUCCAGACCAGUGUACAUUUCCACACUACAGGUUACUCUUAUCUCUCAAGACUGUCAGCUGGUGAACGUCCAUUUGUAUAAUAUUAUAUCGAACUCACCUCAUCUUUUGAUAUUAUGUGCAAUACUUAACAAUACUUGUGUUUAGUUAGGUCUUAUCCGGACAUUAAACAGUUAGUAGCCCUAUGAACAGGAGAAGUAUGCAAACUGGUUUGCUAUGCAGUUGUGUCUGACAUGUUUGUACAUGUUUUUGUCUCGUCUCUUGCUACCGAACUGUGGAUAAAAAAGCAGACUAGUUCAAGUAGGAGUAUUUACAUGCAAUUUGUUUUAUAAUAGGCUAUUUUCUACCUCCUUAAAUCACAUUCUUAAUCCACCAUUUGCCUUUCGAAUCAUGUAGUCGAGAUAUACAUCUACUGUAUUUGUGAUUUUGAUUUGGGAGACUAGUGCACUGUCUAAUCUCAGAAUGAGCCAAAUAGACUUUGCUUCACAACAGGUAUUUCAACACGAGACGAGGUGAAUAAAUAGCCAUGAUUUCACUCUAACAAUAAACACAAUAGACCAGA